UACUUGCGUUAUACACUCAGCGAAUACAUAUUAGAGAUGAGCGAUAUUCGGUUAACUGCUACUUUUCACUGGUACUAUCUACAGGUCUGCAUGAAGCUCGAAGAAAAGGUGAUGUACUUUUCGGAUUUAACAGCUCGUGCAAGUUCAAUGUAAAUGCGAAAAUGUAAACAAAAGCAACGCACGCGCAGCAGCAACAGCAACAACAGCAACGAGAACAACAACAAGAAAAACACCAAUAGCAGCUAUAAUAUACACUCUGCCAUAAACUGGAUCUGACUGCCUUCCAGCUGGGGACCGUUGUCGUAUCCCUUCCAGUGGGCCUGCAGCACACGGCUAGCGUCGCUGGCAGCGCCACAACAACGUCAGUAGUGGUGUCCUGCUAGUCGUGCUGUGUCCUGACGCGCGCGCUACACUGGCAAAACUCAGGGAAAUUUUUCCACAAGCACACACAUACACACACGCACACAUACGCACACAACAGAGCGUUGCUUUACCUUUGCCAAAAAUAAAGAAAACACAUACCUUCACAUGGCCUGGCCAAGAGCCGUCAUCAAAUACGAGCGCAAACUCAACGUAGUGGAAAUGCUGCGGCCAGCGUCAACGUCAGCGUCAGCAGCAGCCGCAGCAGCAGCAACAACAUUUGGUUGCUCGUCUAGUAUGUUGCUGUGUUAAUUGUUAUUUAUGUAUAGUAGUGUAUAUAAAUUUGUGUGAUAUUGCAACAACAAUGAGCAAAAGUUGUGCAAAUGCAAAAGCAUAGCAGCAAUUAAGCCAGAGCGAGAGAUAGAGAAACAGAGAGAGAGAGAGAGAGAGAGAGAGGGCGAGCGUGCUAGCGAUAGCGAGCAAACUGUUUUUAGACGGCGCAGCAAAGUCAAAAAAAAAAGUUUCAGCAAAUCCAAACAACGACAACAAACGGUUUUGCAACAAGAACAACAACAACAAGCAACCACAGCAACAACAGUAACAACUUUUAUCGGGUCCAAUGUUGCAGCAAACAACAUGCAGCAAACAACAAUGGCAACAGCAACGAGAACAAAAACAACAGCAACAGCAGCAGCAUCAGCAUCAGCAGCAGCAACAACAACAGCAGCAGCAGCAACAAACAGCUAAAGCUCAAAGCUGUAAGAACAUGCGCCCUGGCAACAUGCGCCUUAGCAACAUGUUGCUACCCAGCAAUAGCACAACAACAACGAUAGAUUUUAACAGUCGCCGGCGACGCGGUCGUCUACGAAGCGCGCACAAAUGUUGCCAACAAGUGCCAGCAACAAACGCAAAUGUUGCUUAUACACAACAACAACAACAACAACAAACGAAACCAAAACAAACCAAACACCAUGCAAAGCUUUUGUUAUCAAUAAUGUGCGCGUGCAUUGUCGAUUGUGUAAAUAUUUUAAAACGCUUAGUAUUAUUAACAUUAACAACUAACAAAACAAACAAUAACAACAACAACCACAACAGACACGCCCAUAGGCGUGUUCAGCCGCUUUACUGUUUACCGCUGCUUUUGCUGCUGCUGCUCUGUAGCGCCCAGGCUCACAAGCCCAAAAGCGCCACUCAGCACAAGCAGCAACAACAACAACAACAGCCGGCGCACAACAACGAUGUCACGUUUAACAACAUGGCCGACGUGCCGCCCACUUAUCAAGUGAAAUCAUCGCAAACAUCGAACGAGGACGAAGCUGAAAUCCUUUAUCAGUCUUCUGAAAUGUUUGGCGAGGAGGAGCUGGACCAGGAGGAGGGGCGUGAGCUAAACGGCCGGCUGGAUAAUGUGCCCUAUCAACGCAGUUCCAAUGAAACGCUAAUCGACAUUUCAAACACCACGAAAACGCCACUAUUUCCAAAGGACCUAUUCACGAAAGAACAGCUUGAGAACGGCGCUGUCAUCCUGCACAUUAUCGGUGUUAUAUAUAUGUUUGUGGCGCUGGCAAUUGUCUGCGAUGAAUUCUUCGUGCCUUCCCUUGACGUAAUCAUUGAAAAGCUCGGCAUCACGGACGAUGUGGCCGGCGCAACGUUUAUGGCGGCGGGUGGCAGUGCCCCGGAGCUCUUCACGAGUGUCAUUGGCGUUUUCGUGUCGUUCGAUGAUGUUGGCAUUGGUACGAUUGUUGGAUCUGCUGUCUUUAACAUUCUCUUCGUGAUUGGCAUGUGUGCGUUAUUCUCACGCACGGUCCUAUCGUUGACCUGGUGGCCACUAUUCCGUGAUUGCUCAUUCUAUAGCAUCAGUUUGCUGGUAUUGAUCUACUUUUUUCGCGACAAUCGCAUCUUCUGGUGGGAGGCGCUCAUCCUGUUUACCAUAUACAUUGCCUAUGUGACCUUCAUGAAGUGGAACGUACAGGUGGAGCAUUGCGUCAAGAAGAUGAUUACCAAAAACAAGGUGACUCGCGUCCGAAGUACAGAUCAACUUAUGCCAGCAGGUAAUGCGGCAAACUCAUCGGAAACGUCAAUGGCCACACAGCCGGGCGGUUCGGUGACAUCCCGAGCGGCCAGCGAGACCCGUUCGGGUCCGGCCGGUUCGAGCAAUGCGGGCGCUACAGGUAAUAGCAGUGGUGGGACCGCUGGUAGUACACAGACCGGUGCAAAAUUCCGUCAUGGCCUAUUACAGCUAAUGAUACACACGAUAGAUCCACUACACGAUGAUGAUGUUCCAGGCAAAGUGGACGAGAAGGCAACCCAGCUGCAUGCCAUUGCCUCGCUUAAAGUACUGCUGGAUGCCACUAAGCCGCAACGCGGUGGCGCCACCACCUCAGCGGCCAAUCACGUUAAGAUUAAUCUCAAGGAGACAACAUUGGCCGAUCGACCCAAUGGAAAUAUCGAUACCACGCUCGAUUCGCCAUCGUUAAGUGGUCGACGUCCUAGCUGGAUUGAGCAGAGGGUCAAAAUUCAGACACGCAAAUUUAGCAUCAAAGCGCCUGAAAUAAUCGAGGACGAACCGGAGCCCCUGAGCAUGGCCUGGCCGGAUACGGCUCGCAAGCGGCUCACCUACGUCCUGGUCGCCCCACUUCUGGUGCCCAUGUGGCUAACAUUGCCCGAUACGCGAACGCCGCGCGGCAAACGUUUCUUUCCGGUCACCUUUAUAGGCUCCAUCGUGUGGAUAGCCGCCUUUUCCUACCUCAUGGUUUGGUGGGCCAAUGUCAUUGGUGACACAGCGCGCAUACCCCCAGAGGUUAUGGGCCUAACAUUCUUGGCGGCAGGCACAUCUAUACCGGAUUUGAUAACGUCGGUGAUUGUGGCGCGCAAAGGUUUUGGCGACAUGGCUGUGUCCAGUUCGGUGGGCAGCAACAUCUUCGAUGUGACUGUGGGCCUACCGAUACCCUGGCUGAUCUAUGGGAUUAUCUACGAUGCGCCCGUUGAAGUGAACUCGGUGGGCAUGGUCUGUUCCAUAACCAUAUUGUUUAUGAUGCUCGUAUUUGUGGUGCUAUCAAUUGCCUGCUUCCGUUGGCGCAUGAACAAGGGGUUGGGCUUUACCAUGUUUCUGUUGUACUUUGUCUUUGUUGCCGUUUCGCUGAUGUUCGAAUAUGAUUUGAUCACUUGCCCCUUCUAAACACCACAGACGUGGGCAAAAUUGCAGCAACAAAAACUCUGCAACAAAGUCAAAUGUGACACACACCUACACACUCUCUCUCAUACACACAUAUACACUCACACACACACACACACACGUACAAUGCGCAAAC